UCCUCUUGUUUCCCAGUAACUUCCACUGUUUCUAGGGUUUCCGGGGAACUCUCAUUCAAACUCAAAAGAUGGGGAAGAAAAAGGAAAAAACUUUUAAUGAGCCCGAAUCGACAGUUGAUUUAAAGUCAAUGAUUCAUGAAAAUGCUUUGUUCUUUGACAAAUUGGUUGAGUUAAUCCCUGCAAGGUUUUAUCUUCCAGAUGAAAAAGAUAAACCUUGGUAUCAGGGUCUUAGCAAGGCCGAAAAGGCUUCUGCCAAGAAACAAUCAAGAGAAAACAUUAAAAAAGCCCGGAGAGAUAGGUUAGAUCCUGAGAAGUCGUCGAAAACGACUCUCGAUUUGUUGAAAGAGAAUUUGGAAAAGGAGAAACUUAGUAAGGAGAGUGAUGGUGAGGAGGAAAUUGAGGUUAGACCUAUAAUGUCUGAUUUAGAUGGUGCUGAGGAACGGGCGGUUACUUAUGAAGAACUUAGGCAAAGGCUUCGUAGGAAAAUCGAGGAGCUUCGUGGUGGGAGAAAUAGUGCGGGUUCGGAUAAAGGGAAGAAGAGGAAUGAGAGGAAUGAUAAGAAGGGUAAUGUUCAAAUGAAGCGAAAGAGGGAUAGCGGAGUCAAAGAAAAGAAAGGUGCUACUAGUAAUGAUAGGGAUAAAGUAAAGAAGGAUAUGGAAGAGGCUGCAAAGGAACUUACUUUUAGUCAUGUUAAACUUGGGGAUGAGGAAAAACAUGGGAAGAAGAAGAAGAGAAAACUUUCAAAGUUGAAGGAGCUUGAAAAUGCAAUGAAAUUAGAAGAAGCUAAGAAAGAUCUUGAGAAAGGUGAGGUUAUUGCGAGGAAGCAAUCAUGGAAGUCAGCUAUGGAUAGAGCUGCAGGGAUUAAGGUUCAUGAUGAUCCAAAGUUGUUGAAACAGAGUAUACAGAAAGAGAAGAAGAUGCAUCAAAAGAAUGUUGAGAAGUGGAAUGCGAGAGUUGAAACUAAAGAGAAGUUGAAAGCAGAGAAACAACAGAAGAGGUCAGAGAAUAUAUCAGAGAAAAUUCACCAGAAGAAGAUGCGGCGGAUUGCAAAGAGAGAGAAAAAGCUGUUGCGGCCAGGGUUUGAAGGUCGGAAGGAGGGUUUCAUUAAUGAAGGGUCAAGCUGAGGUUCAUUUCUUUUAAUUUUUCCAUAGCCUAUGGGCUCAAUAUGUCUCUUGACUGUUCCUUUUUGAUAGAGCUGUCAUUAACAUCAUAUUAUUGCUCAAGGAAGAUUACAUGUUACCCUUCUUUAUUCUACCUAAAGAAAGUGGAUCAAUUAUUCAAGAGCUGAAUUUGGAUUAAUAUACUGCAAAAUGCUUGUGUUCUGAUUGUUUUAUGGUCCUAUCUCUGCCCUUUGAAAGUAGUCUCCUAUGAGCUUCAGUAAUCUCAAUUUAUACUGCUUCUAACAUAGCUAAUUAUUAUUCUACCCCACAAAAAAACCAUUGCUAAUUAUUUGGGUGCUUCGUUUAGACAAAUAUUGAUAGAAAAAACUAUUGCACGAAUGGAUCAAUGUAGAAUGGAAAAGCACUGCUUGUGUAAAUAUUUCUCUUGUUACAUGGCUGAGUUCCUUGUGUAAUUUGGGCAUAAAAAUGGAAUAAGGAAAGAAUUUAAACUAAGGAUUUGCAAGGGAUUAUCCCAUGAUUCCCAUCAAACCAUGGAACAUCAUUACUUGAAAGAAUAUUUUGCCAAAAUCCCAAAAACUUGGCAGAUGUUUCUUGUUUAAACACAAAUUAAAACGAGCCUUUCUGACAGUAUCUUCUGUUUUCAAGUAUGAAACUUGAAAACUUGAUAAAGGAGGAAUUGGUUUUCUAUUGGAACCUUUGUUUCUGAAGUUCAGGUAAAUAUC